AUGUCUGGCGACGACGGUCUCCGAGACGUUGUGGGCAAGUCGAGCGUUGAGCGAAAGGUUCACUUCCCUCCGACUACUCCUUACACGCCGCUUCUCCUCCUCGCAGCGCCCAAGACCACCCUGUCCUCUCUGCCAACUGAGAUCCUCGACCUUGUCCUCUCGCACCUCCCCCUACCCUCGCUCGCCGUCUGUGCCCUUCUCAGCCGAUCAUUCCUACCCCUCGCUCGGCAACACCUUUAUCGCCUCCUUCCCCUCCGCAACCAGCGCAACGGGCAAGCAUGUCCGACAGGAGCAUCGACAUUGGACGAACCUUCGACGGCACUCAUCUCGACGCUCGAAGCGCAUCGCGACACUCUCGCCCCGCUCGCACAGCGACUCGACUUCGAUCUUCUGUCACACCUGCCAGCCGAAGAAGUCGCGACUAUCCUCUCGCGGAUCUUCGCCUUGUGUACGGGCAUCAACGAUGUUCGCCUCGGCGCCGGCUCGCAUGGGCACGGGAUGGGCUAUCGCUGCCUGUUGCGCGCCCUCACCCUGCAUCCUCCCGCGGCAGAACGGCUUCGCGUACUCAACAUCGAGGAGUGUGCAGGCGCGGCACACACGCUCGCUCUCGUGCUACUCAAGGCGCGCGAGCUGAAGGAGCUGCGGAUCGGGCAAUUCUUGCUGGAGGAUGAAGACUUGGAGGUCUUCUGCUCCGGGCAGAAGCCUGAUUGCCAGCUGGAGGUAUUCACCGCGAAGCAGCGGAUCACACCCCUCGCAUUCGACUUCUGUACCGCCGCAUCAGGUGCGACACUCCGAACAGCCGACCUUCCCAUCUGCGAAAAGACCGCGCUCGACCUCUCGCCCUUCUCGUCCCUCACCUCCGUCACGCUCUUCGUCUUCCUCUCCGCUGCACCGACACCGUUCUCGCCCUCGCACCCCUCGUUCGCACCGACCAUGUCGCGCCUCAACCGCAACUUUGCCUCGACCAUCGCCUCAGUCCCGUACCUCCAGCGUCUCACGCUUAAGGGCCUGUGGGACUGCGCGAUCACUGCUCCACCGGGCGCGAGUGCGGCGGUCGAUCUCGUUCGACACGCCGAGCUGCUUGAGGCGUUGCCGAAUGAGAGGGGAGGGCUGGAAGAGUUAGUGGUCAAGUCGGAGCUCAACUCGAUUGCGUUGACGAGGUGGCUGGCGAACGAUGUGUGGUGGGGUGCGUAUACGGUGGAGAAGGCUGAACGAACGAGUAUUGGAGGAGAGGUGCCGGAGGACAUCCCGGAUCGAACGCCGUCGCCGCCUUUCCUGCGCAGACUGCCAUGUCCCGACAUCCCGCCCUCUUCGCCUCCAUCCGUCGCAUCUAUCACGCCCUUCACCGCCUCUCCCGUCUCGUCACCCAUCGCACAGACUCCCUUACCCUCUCGACCAUCGACUCCUCUCGAAACCGUCUCCCUCCCUUCACCUCUUCCACCAGUCUCCAGCUCGACCGUCUCCCUCCGCCGCCUCUAG